CGGGUUUAACUUGACGGCUGAGAAUCGACGGCUGAAGGUGUCGGGUCUGCCCGUCCGGAGGAGGAAGAAGAGGAGGAAGAAGAGGAGGAAGAAGAGGCUCAUCUGCGGUCCAAGUCCCAGCCUCCUCCCAGCGUGCACUGCUGCGGCGCCAUGGCGACCAUCGUGAUGGAGCGGCUCGGCCGCGUCUUCAUCAGCCUGCAGCAGAUCCGGCAGCUGCCGCAGUUGCUAGCCCCGGCGGCGCCGCCCUCCAUGCCCGGCACGGUGCCCGACGGCGAGGUGCCGCCCUACUUCCGCGAGCGCUAUGUUAGCACGGGCUACCGGCCGCUGGGCCGCAGCUGGCGCUACUACUUCCUGUCGCUGUUCCGGCGCCACAACGAGACGGUCAACACCUGGACGCACCUGCUUGCCUUCCUGGCCUUCCUGCUGCGGUUGCGCCACCUCGCCACCAGCGUGGACUUCGCCGGUGACGCCCACACCUGGCCGCUGCUGGUGCUGCUCACAUCGGCGCUGGCGUACUCGGCGUGCAGCGCAGCGGCGCACCUGCUGGGCGGCAAGUCGGAGCUGCUGCACUACGCCUUCUUCUUCCUGGACUACGUGGGCGUGGCCCAGUACCAGUACGCUAGCGCCCUGGCGCACUGGUACUACGCCGCGCAGGAGGGCGGGGCUUUCAUGCCGGCCGCCGCCGCCUUCAGCUGCCUGUCCUGCCUGGGCUGCUGCUACGGGAAGCUCUGCAGCCACCGCCGCCCGCCGCGCAUCCGCAAGCUGUGCCAGGUGGCGCCGUCGGCGAUGUCCUACGUGUGGGCUAGCGGGCCGCUGGCGGCGAGGCUGCUAGCCUGGCAGCCCGACGACGCGGGCGUGGCCUUCCACGGCGGCCAGGUGGCCUUCUUCCUGGGCAGCGCCUUCUUCUUCACGGUGCCGCUGCUGGAGCGGCGGCUGCCGGGCCGUGUGGACUUCCUGGGCCAGAGCCACCAGCUGUUCCACGUGCUGCUGUCCUGCUGCACCUGGUGCCAGGUGGAGGCGGCGCGCCUGGACUACCUGGGCCGCCGCCCGCUCUACGCCCCGCUGCACCGCCGCGGCGACGCCGCGCGCUAUGUGGGGCUGUACGCCGCCACGCUGGCCGGCUGCGGGCUGAUCGCCGCGGUGAUGCUGGGGAGGGUGAGGCGGUUGCUGGGGGAGAAGGGUGGGGGGGAUAAGGACAGGUAG